AUGUCUUCGGCGCGUGAAGAUGUCAAAGUGAUCGCAGUACUUGGAGCGACCGGAAAUCAAGGCGGUGGUGUGGUUCAAGCACUUCUCAAGAGUUCUGCUCCAUGCUGGCACAUCCGUGCUAUAACUCGAGAUGCCUUUUCUGCUGGUGCUUUGAAACUCAAAGCGAAGUUCGGAAAUACUGACAGGUUGGAGAUAAUGGCAGCCAAUGUAUACGACAAAGAAUCACUGUUCAAAGCAUUUAAUAAGGUCUUUGGGGUCUUCGCAGUUACAAACAAUCGACUGCCUGGAAAUAAAAUUGACAAGGAAGAGGAUAUGGACCAUGAGCUGGAAGCCGGAAGAAAUAUCAUUGACGCAGCCAAGGCCUGUGGAAUUCAACAUGUUGUGUUGAGUAGCCUGCCGAAUUUGACAGAGGCCAGCAACAGGCAGUUUACGAAAGUCUUUCACUUCGACAAUAAAUCGAAGAUUGAACAAUGGGCCAAAGAUGAGCUCUUAGCUGUCACUGCCCUGCAUCCUGGACUGUUUUAUACAAAUAUGCAAUGGUUCCAAUAUUGCCAACUCCAAGAUGACGGCAUCGUCCGCUUUUGUGCUCCAAUUGAGGCGGAUAGACUAGCGGAUUGGGUUGAUCCAAGUUAUGAUAUUGGGGUAUAUGCUGCAGAAAUAUUUCGCUUGGGCCCCCAAAAAACAUCAUCAAAGACAUACCCAGUGGUUGGGCCCAAACUCUCGUUUGCCGAGUUCGCGAAGAUUUUCAGUGACACCACUUCCCGCAAGGCUGUCUUUGAUCCUAUCACACUAGACCAGUGGGGUGCUACUGUAGCUGCCACUGUGGGCAAGGGAUACGAGGAAGACAUCAGACAGAUGAUGCAGUGGAUAUCUAUUGCUCCAGAUGAGAAGAUAUGCUAUGGCACGAUGGAUCCUAGGGAUGACACAUCGUGGAAAGAUCUCGGAGUCAGGGCCAGCACAUUUGCAGAGUGGAUGGAAAGGGCUUCUUGGAAAGGACCGUGA